AUGAGUUUGGCUGACUUUGUUGAACAGAAAGUUCAAGUCAUUACGAAUGAUGGGCGUGUUGUUUUAGGUCUGUUACGAGGAUUUGAUCACACAACAAACUUAAUUCUUUCAGAUUCUGUAGAAAGAAUCAUUAGUUUAGACCAAGACACAGAAACGAUUCCUUUGGGUGUUUAUUUGCUGCGCGGUGAAAAUGUAGCCAUAGUGGGACUGGUGAAUGAAAGUUUGGAUGCAGACAUAGAUUGGGAAAAGAUUCGGGGUGAGUCAAUUCCUGAUAUUCUUCAUUAA